AUGUUGCAAAAGAAAGCUAUGGCUAUUGAGAAGAAGAUCAAUGCAUAUAUGCAACAGUUGAAAACAAUGGAAAAGAAAUUUGAUCCAUUACCUCAUUUUACUUUGCAUAGAGUGUUAUCUCAAAUUUCUCCACAAUUUUAUACUAAAGAUGAGUUAACCCAAAUUGAAAAAAUCAAUCACAUUUUGAGUGAAGAAACAAAUCUCUCUCUUAUUUCACAAAGUAAUGUGAAAAAAGUAGAAGUCAAUGAUGAAAAAAGUUGUUGUCCAAGUAAUAAAGAUAUCAUCUUUGAUGAAGGUAGAAGAGUGAAACCAAAAUCAGCAAUUAGGAGGAAACCAAUAAUUCACAAAAAAGAAAUUUUGUUGUCACCGCCACCAGAAUUGCCUAGUCAUGUUAAUGACAUGAUCAAAGUGUUGAAUGGUAGUGAUAUUAAAUAUAUCAUGUGUAAGGAAUUGUUUAAGUCAGAUCUCAACAAUAAUCUCAAUCGUCUUUCAAUGCCAAUUACACAAAUCAAAUCUGAUUUCCUCACAGAAAUAGAAAAGGCAACCUUGGAAACAAGGGAUCAAGAAGAAAAACCGAUUGGUAUAAAAGUGACUGUGUUAGAUCCUUGUUUUAACGAAUUCUCGUUGUUUUUGAAGAAGUGGAACAUGAAGACUACUAGCAUUUAUAUUCUUCAUCAAGAUUGGACACAUGUUUUGUUGGAGAAUAAAUUUAAAGAAAAUCAAAAACUUGACAUUUGGUCAUUUAGGGUUAAUGAAAAGUUAUACCUUUUACUCAAUAGCAAUGAGUCACAAGAAAUUGAAGAAAGUAAAGAGCUGAAGAAUUCAACUGUGGUUUCGAAAACGAAGAAGAAUGAAGAUGCUAAAGAGUGA